AUGGCUGAGACAGUAGGUGUAACGCCAAGAGAUGAAGAGGAGACCCAAACUAACGGUAGUGAUGAAGACCCAUUUCCGAAUUGUGAUGCUUUAAUGGCAUCCCUUGGUUGCUCUGCCAGUCCUUCGUUAGCCAGCCUUAAUGAAGACAAGGGAAGCUCUGCAGUGCCAGAAAGACUGUCCGUCCUCUCCAGCAAGGCCAUGGCCCAGGCAAAAGCCCUUGCUGGCCCAGAGAUCGUUAGUGGUGGCCAGGCACAGAGGACAGCCUCUGGGUUGGCUGAGCAUCAUCCGACAGCUGGAAAUGCAUCGUUAGGUGGCUCGUCGUACCCUGCGGCGGUCGGGAACCUGCAGCCUGUGAACAUUGCCUCCCCGCGCUCCAAAAGCCCCUGCUGCGAUGGCGACCUGAGUUCGGAGGUGCCGCAGGUCCCCAGGGUGCCCAGGGGGGCUGGCGAGCCCCCGCAGGCUGUCACUGCCCUGCCCAGGACCCACCCCGGGGGCUGCCACGUGCAGCAGGCGGGGAGCGGUGCCAAGGGCGAUACGGCCCCUUGUAUUCUGGGCCAGGUGAUUUGGACGAAGACCACAAAAGUAAUGGAGACCUUAGAAAAUCAGAAAAAGGAAGAAAAGGAGAAGUACCGGCUCCAGCUAGCUAUGUACCGACGGCUGCUGCUGUUGCGCUCAAUCAGGAGCUUGCAUAAGCAGCUGGAGCAGCAGCAGGCCAGAUUGCAGGAAUGCUACGGCACAGUAAUAAAUACCAAGAAAGAAGUGUUGAAACACAUUCGCUCAACCUCGCCCUCACCUUCACCGUAA